UACUUUUUUUGUUUAUAUUUUUUUUGUAUUUGAAAUUGAUAAAUUGUAAUUGUUACAACAAUAAUUUUUUGAUACAUAAAAAUAUCAUUACAUUACAUAAUUUAUUUUAUAAUAUAAUAUUUAGCUUAUAAAAUUAGUUAUUAUAUUUAAAUAUAAAAAAAAUUAAAACUCUAGAACUAACCUUAAAUAUACCUAUAAUUAAAAAAAAAAAAUUUAGCGUUAAUUUAAAUUUUUUUAAAUAAAUAAUGAAUUCAUUAAUUAAAUUUCGUUCGAAAUAUUUAAAUAAAAAUUUACCAAUAUUAACAAAAUCAUGGAUGAGAUAUUAUGCACAGCCAGAUAAAUCUGUUGAAAAAAAAUACACAAAUUCAGUGUUAUUACCACAGACAAAAUUACCAAAUCGUCUAAGUGGAGUUAAAAGAAUAGAAAUGGAUAAUUAUUUAAAUGAUAAAUGUGGCUUUCAAGAUUUAUACAACUGGCAAAGAAAAAAUUUAACAGGUCCAGAUUUUGUUUUGCAUGAUGGACCACCUUAUGCAAAUGGUUCUCCUCAUCUGGGACAUGCCAUCAACAAGAUUUUAAAAGACAUAACAACAAGAAGUCGAGUAAUAAUUGGUCAAAGAGUACAUUACAAACCAGGCUGGGACUGUCAUGGACUACCAAUUGAAUUAAAAGUUAUCAAUAAAAUAAAAGAUGAUACUGAUAAAUCAAAUCCUAUAAAACUUCGUAAAUUAGCUAGAGAAUAUGCUAAACAAGAAACAAAAAAACAACAACAAGAAUUUAUAUCAUGGGGAGUAAUGGCAGAUUGGCAAGAUACUGGAUGUUAUUUUACAAAUGAAACAUCAUAUGUUUGUAAUCAACUCAAACAAUUUAUUAAUUUGUAUGAAAAAAAAUUAAUAUACAGAGAUUUUAAACCAGUUCAUUGGUCACCAUCAUCAAGAACAGCUUUGGCAGAAUCAGAAUUAGAACACAAUGACAAACACGAGAGUCAAUGUGCAACAGUAAGUUUAUUAUUAAAAAAACUUCCAGAUAAAUUAAAAAGCUAUGAAAAUCGUAAAAUUUAUGGAUUAACAUGGACAACAACACCCUGGACAUUGAUAGCAAAUCAGGCAUUAUCAUAUUCUCCUGAUAUAACAUAUGCUAUUGUUGAAAAUGAUAAAGGUGAUAUUUAUAUUAUUGCACAAGAACUUGUUGAUGAGGUAGCUAAAAAAAUUGGUGAUUUAAAAUUAUUAAUGACAAUUGAAGGAAAUGAUUUAUUAAAUGCAACGUAUCAUCAUCCAAUAACUGGUAUUGAAUUACCAUUUCUUUCAUCAAAUCAUGUUAGUAAUAAAAUAGGUACUGGUCUUGUUCAUACUGCAUUUGCUCAUGGUACUGAAGAUUUUCUUGUUGGCUUGGCUCAUAAAAUACCAGUUAUUUCUUUAGUUGAUGAAGAUGGUAAAUAUACUGAUGAAGCUGGUGCAAAAUUUGCUGGUCUAGAUGUUUUAACAGAAGGUGGAAAAACAGUGUUAGAUCAUAUUGGAGAAAAUGUUGUUCAUACUGAAAAAAUUAUUCACAGUUAUCCAUAUGAUUGGCGAACAAAAAAACCAGUAAUAACACGUGCAAGUAAUCAAUGGUUUAUAAAUACAGAUAUUUUAAAGAAAAAAGCAAUGGAUUUAGUUGGUAAUGUUAAUUUUUAUCCAAAAUCAAGAGAAUCAGUUGCUAUUAAUUGUCUAAAUCAACAACUUCAACAACGACCAUAUUGGUGUAUUUCACGUCAACGUGUUUGGGGUACUCCAAUUCCAGUUAUUUAUAAUAAAAACUCUGGUGAUAUUAUAACUGACCGAGAUUUUGUUGAAAGAUUGUGUAAAUUAAUUGAACAAUAUGGUAGUGAUUGUUGGUGGAGUAUGACAAUUGAAGAUUUAAUUGGUAAAGAUUAUAUUGAUAAACAUAAUCUUAAUAUUGAUGAUUUAGAAAAAGGACAAGAUAUUAUGGAUAUAUGGUUUGACAGUGGUGUCUCUUGGUCAUCAGUGUUGCCAGAUGGAAAAGCAGAUUUAUAUCUUGAGGGUAUGGAUCAAUUUAAUGGAUGGUUUCAAUCAUCUCUUUUAACAUCAAUUGCUCUUCAAGAUGUUCCUCCUUUCAAAUCAAUAUUCGUUCAUGGUUUUACUGUUGAUAAAAAUGGAGUUAAAAUGUCAAAAUCAUUGGGUAAUGUUAUAAGUCCUGAAGAAAUAAUACGAGGUGGAAAAAAUCAAAAUAAACAACCUGUUUAUGGUGUUGAUUGUUUAAGAUGGUGGGUUGCUCAUCAUGGUGUUCAACACAAUAAAAUUCCAAUAGUAAAUACAGUCUUAAAAGACAGCUUGGAAUCUGUACAAAAAAUAAGAAAUAGUUUACGUUUUCUUUUGGGUGCACUUUAUCCAUAUGGACAACCAGAUAAUAAAAAUAUUCAAGCUGAACUUUUGUAUUUAGAUAAAUAUAUGUUGCAUCAAUUGUAUCAUUAUAACAAAAAGAUUCAAAAAAGCUACAAUACAUUUGAGUAUCAUAAUGUUUGUAAAACAAUAAUAAAUUUUAUAACAAAUGAUGUAUCAGCAAUUUAUUGUCACAUGAUUAAAGAUAGAUUAUAUUGUGAUAAAGCAACGUCACCAAGUAGAAUUGGGGCGGUCGAUGUUAUUGGUGAAGUUUUAGCUGUUGUUACCAGGUCAAUUGCUCCAAUUUUACCCCACUUGGCUGAAGAAAUUUGGCUCCAUCAUCCUGAAAAUCUUGCAUCAGUUCCAUUGCAUCAUUUGGGUCCACAUUAUUUACCAGAUGAAUGGGAUUCACCAGAUAUUGAAGAUAUUAUUCAAUCUGCACUUGUUAUACGAGAUUCAUUAAAUAAAAUGACUAAUACUAAAACUUUAACUCUCGAUGCAACAAUUACUGUUGAUGAAAAAAUGUUUACAAAAUUAACAAAACUUCAAAAUGAAACACAGUCAUGGACAUCUGAACUAUGCAACAUUUUACAAGUAUCAUCAGUGACACUUAUUAAAAAUUCUGACUUAUCAACUCCUCAAAUUUCAUUAAAGUCAAAUGACAAUUUAUUAUGUAAACGUUGCAGAAAAUAUUCUACAUCAGCUAAUGAAGAACUUUGUGUACGAUGUGAAACUGUAUUAAUUAGUUCAUCAUAAUCACAAAAAAUCAUGUAAAUAAAAUACUAAUUAAAAAAAAAAAGAGUUAUUUAUUUCAUUUAAUAAGUUUAUUUAUAAACUAAAAAUCAUUUAUAUUAAACAAGAGGAUAAUAAAAAAAUUAAAGACAUAUUUUUUCAGCAAUAAGCACAUAGAGGCAUUUAUAAUAAUAAAUUAAUUAAAUUCAAUUACAUAUUUGUUACAAUAAUAAUAAUAAUAAUAACAACACAUAAAUUAUUAAUUGGUAUAUAUUAAGUUUUACAAGUUCAGUCAGGCUCAGUGACCGUUGUGACAUUAAGCCAUAUUAUUGUCUGACACACCUUAAUUCAUUAUCAUAUUUUAAUAAUUAUAAUCUAUUUAUUCAUUUAUUUAUUUAGCAGACGAAAAAAGACUUUAAAUUUUACUUGCAGCAGACAGCAUGAAGCUAAACUUAUUUUUAUCUAUUAUUUUAUUUUGCUGGUUUUUUAUU